AUGGCGGCGGCAGCGGGAGUGGAGUUGCGGCUGCUGGGGGAGUGCCUGAGCCCGUACUGCAUCCGGGUGAAGCAGGCGCUGGCCGUGAAGGGUGUGGCCGGGUACGAGUACGUGGAGGAGGACCUGGAGCACAAGAGCGAGCUGCUGCUCAGCUCCAACCCGGUGCACGGGAAGGUGCCCGUGCUCAUCCACCGCGGCGCGCCCGUGUGCGAGUCGCUCGUCAUCGUGCAGUACGUGGACGAGGCGUGGGCCGGGCCUGCCAUCCUGCCGUCCGAUCCGUACGAGCGCUCUAGGGCUCGCUUCUGGGCCGCCUACAUCGACGACAAGUUCUUCCCAUCGUGGGAGCCGUUCUUCAAGUCCAAGACCGCGGAGGACAGGGCCGAGACGUUCAAGAACGCCAUCCCUGCGGUGGAGACUCUUGAGAAGGCCCUCACGGAGUGCUCCAGCUCCGAGGGGAAGCCCUUCUUCGGCGGCGACAGCAUCGGGUACGUCGACGUGGCGCUAGGCGGCUACCUUGCGUGGAUCAAGGCCGUGGACGAGGUGGCCGGCACCAGCCUCUUCGACGAGGCCAAGUUCCCGCGGCUCGCCGCGUGGGCGGAGCGCUUCGCGGCGGCGGACGCCGUCCGGGACGCGUCCCCUGCCGUCGAGGACAUCGUGGUGUUUUACAAGAAAAUGCAGGCGGCUGAGACCGGCGCGGAGCACUGA